GAGAGAGACAGAGAGAGCUUGAGGACGAAACUGAGUGAGCCAUUUCUCCACACCCUAAAUGCCGGGAAAAUUCCAUCAAUUUACAGAUUGCCACAAAGCCGGUGGAUCAUUAAGAAAGCAGAUUGGUCUUGGACACUGCGGUGCCGCGUAAGGACAGAGGAAGCUUUCAGAAAGAGCCUCGGACAAAAUCCAAAAGCUCCCCCGUUUUCCUGCUUUUGGCCACCAGAUUACUUCUCGCUCACCCGUCACCCCGAAGAAGGUGACGCUUCCCCGACCUUCCCGUUUCUCUCCUUCCCCUUCAUCCCCCCCAUCUCAACUGCCUUUCGAGAGCCUCUCGGCAACCCCGAAUUCAAGAAUUAAGUGGCGGAGAUUUCGACGCGCCUCGUUGCCUGCCAUGCACAUCAAGACCACCAAGUGUAACCACUUAUGUCUGGUCGCCUCCGUGACCAAUCGGGAAGUGUUCAAUCAUCCCGAUGCUCAGGCCAGCUUUGAGGCGCUAUUCCACGCUUUUGACCCAGAAGCUCAGUUCCAGUACUUCAAGUCCUUCCGUCGAGUCAGGAUUAAUUUUAGCGACGCGCUGGCUGCGGCAGAGGCGAGACUGCGGCUGCACAAAACUGAUUUUCACGGCAAAGAGAUGCGCCUCUACUUUGCUCAGUCUGUCCACAUCGGGAGUCCUCGCCUUGAGCCUCCAAAGCCCGAGAAGCAGUUCCUGAUCUCACCGCCCGCCUCACCUCCGGUGGGCUGGGAGCAGUCUCAGGAUGCCAUGCCCGUCGUCAACUAUGACCUGCUGUGUGCCAUUUCCAAACUAGGACCAGGCGACAAAUAUGAGCUGCACACAGCCACGCCCACCACCCCCAGCGUCGUCGUCCACGUUUGCCAAGAAGAGCUCGGUGACAGCUCGGCUCGGGAUGACGGCGAGCCGGACGACGCGGCGAGGACCGCGCGGCCCAAGAUCGUCCAGACGCGCCGGCCCGAUUACACGCACGGCGUUGAGCAGUUGGCAGCACUGGAGUGACAGCUGGUAAAACAUCCCCUGUGAUGUCACCGAUACGGCGCAGAAGAUGUGCUCUCUGAGGUUUGCUCUCUGCAUUUGGGAAGGUACCUUGGAGGUGCGGCAUUGUCCCGUUGGCGAGGAGACCAACUUAGAAUCAGAUGCUGUAAUUGUGUCUUUUGGGAAAAGAUCGGGACUUCUUUUUGAGACGUUCAGCUGUACGAUAACAACUGCUCUCCGCAAUUCGAGGGUUUGGGAUGAUGGAGAACUCGGUUUUGAAGUGUGUAAACAUUAUGUUCAUGUUCAUGCUUCAUGUCACGAUCGGAUACUUGGUUUAUGGAUUUGUUAGAUGUGCUAUUACUAACGUGUGCAUGAGAUGAGCUUAUAAUUGACAAAAGAUGACCACGCAACAUAAAUGCAGCAUCAUGCUUAUAAGGAAACAUCAAGUGUUGGGUGGGCGGGAAAAAAAUGGCUUUUCAAUAAAAUACAAAAGCUGCAUAUGACCAUAUUACGCUCCACUAAAUUUCAGAUUUCAGUGGUGGUAAUUUUGAAAUGGUGGGUGUGUGACAUCACAUCUUUAAUAUUGUAACUGUUUUGUGUGGCGUAUGUAUAGUCAACGUGUACAUCUUUACAGUCUAAUACUGCUCUGAAAUGAGAAUGUAAUAUUCGCAGUGUUGUCACCGUUGUCGUUUCUAUGUGAAAAGAGCAAUGGGAAGUCCCGUUUGUUUGUUUUUUUUUCCUUGUAAACUAGCAAGAAAUUGUUAGACUUGUUCUGUGAUUCAUUCAUUUACAGAACUGUCAAUGUAUGACAGACCCAGCAAGGCCUUUUUCAUCUGUGGAACGUGGCAACAUGGUGGUUUGGCCUUAUCCAGCCAUGCCCCCCAAAAAAGAUAUAUAUAUAAAACUGGGCCAUCUUUUUUGUCAGAGUUUGGCUUCAUACCGUAUAUGAUGUGCUAAGAAUUGUAUUCUGAUCUAGAAAUCACUGUUGCUGAGCCUAAAAGCCAAUAAAAGAAAUGACUUGAGUAUUAUA